AUGAGUACCUCCUCCGAAGCAGCACCUGCCUUGGGCCCGCGCCCUUAUCACCACACCGAAAAUGACCACCGUGGGAUCGUUCUGACGAUGACCAUUCUUUUCCUGACCUACUCCCUCAUGGUGCUGGCAAUGCGUAUUGCGAGCAAAUACAGGCAUAUGGCCAUCGAGGACUGGCUCUCAGUCGCGGCAACGACUAUCGCGGUGGCACAAUUCAUUGCCAUCAUGGUUGCAACUGUCGACGGCGGUUUCGGCUCUUCGUAUACGUUAUUGUCUCCCAGUGACACACAUACAGUUGCCAAUUCGCUGAGAGCCGGAGACGUUCUUUUCCUGUUAGCCCUCUUCGGGGGCAAAUCAUCCGCCAUCUGGCUCUGCAGGCGUCUGUUUGCCGUCGGGCAGCAUGAGAAACAUCUUUACUGCGAAAUAACCAUUGCUAUCUGCGGAGUAUGGUGUUUAGGGUCAAUUCUUGCUGCCACAGUUGGGUGUACGGCGACUGAAGUUAUUCGAUCGGGUCCAGAGAAAUGCUCAGGAUUGGUCACUCGUUGGAUCGUCAUUGGCCUAUUCGACGCGCUGCUGGAAGUGGUCAUUUGGUGUCUUUCCCUCGUCGUCAUCUUCCCACUACACAUGACUCUUCAGAGAAAAGUCCAAGCGUCCAUAUGCUUUGUUCUCAGAUUGCCAAUCAUUGUCCUCAUCGGCCUGCAAAUCAAAUAUGUCUCGGAUUUCAGCUCGGCAUCCAACGCAGGCAUUGCACUCACACGUCCUGUGCUCUUUCGCCAGGCUGAGGUCGUCUACUCCCUCCUCUCUGCCGCCAUCCCGGCCUUAAACCAGUACCUGCGCAAAUUCGACACAACACAGGCCACCGUAUUCGGAUACAAUGCCGGCCAAUACGGUUCGGGCGGACACUCCUACCAGAUGGACUCUCUGGCCGCCCAGGGGACCAAAAGUAACGACACGAGGAACUAUACCCGGAUGGAAAACGACAAGGCCGGCGAAGUCUUGGGGAAGAGCACAAGCAUCAAUUUCUGUCCCCCAGACCACAUGCGGUAUCACGCUAGCGUCGAAGGACCACACAACGAGGGAUUCAACCACGACGGCAGAUCGAAUGUCUCGCAUGAAGAGGAUUCGCUCGGGAGACACAACAGUGAGGAGUUCAUCAUUCGCAAAGACGUGGAGUACACAGUUCGUCACGAGCAGCGUUAA